GUGCUUUCACACCUCAGGAGCUGCAGCAUAUGACGCCUGCCAAUUUGCGUAAAGGGAAAGGCUGUAUCAUGUAUGUAUCUAUACUCAAAGUAGAAAACUAAAAGAAGCAAGGUCCAGAUAAGAAGCCCAGUGAGUGCAAUUUCCUGGCACCGGAUGUGUUAUUUCUGGAGUUGGGUGCUCAUUGCACGCUUGGUCUUGGGGUUUGUUUGUGCACUCUAUUCUCCAAGAAACUUCAGCCCUGUUGGUUGGGGUAAGGGCUGAUCCUGGUUUGUAGGGGGGACAAAAGGAAGGAAGGGAUGGGGAAGAAGGAAGCCUGCAAAUGGCCAGAGAUGGGAUGGUUUUGCAGCAAAAGUCAGUCCUCGUCUGGAAACCCGAUGUGAGGAAUUGGAAGUUAAAGCUGAAAUGGUGACAGUGCACCAUGGGUCCUGGUGGGAUGAGCUCCCCAGAGAUCCACAUCCACAACCAUCAUCUGCUCUACGCUGGGCUCGUAUCACAAGGUUUGGGGUCUGCAUAGCUCCCGCUCCAUGCUCUCGAGGACCUGCAGAGCCUCCACCUCCUCCAAAACCACGUGUGGAGGAGAUGCCAGUCUCCGUGCGCCCAUCCAACCUGCAAUGGGAGCCCAGCCCAUGUGUGCCUGCUGCCAUCACCUCCUGGUACCAGCUCCUUCCCCACUGGGAACCACUGGAGCAACUGGGAUAGAUCCAAGGACCCCAAAAUUGAGGGAAACAGAGCAUCCAUCAACUUCUGCUCCAGCCUUGCAUGGGAACCACUGGGAAGGGUCUGUUUUCAAACAGGUGUGCACUCUUCCAGCUCCCGCUGUGUGCCCACACUGGGACCACCUGAGAGCCAGCGCUUUGGGGCUGCUGCUGCUGCUGCUGGUAGUGGCCAUGCUCAGCAUGCACAGUGAGUGACCAGCUCAUAACCACAUCCACAGCACAAGAAACCACAGCUUCAAUGAGCAGAAACCUUGACCUUUUCCUCCAAAGUGAUGUGUAUGGGUUUUUUACUGAGCUGGUGAUGACCACCCAGAAGCGGUGGCAACAAACAGGAGGAGCUGGAAGCCAUCAUGCAGCAGGAAUCGAAGACUUAGUAGGCAUCUCCAAAUGAUGGUGGGAUCACUGCCACAAGUGCAGUGGUGCUGUGGGGGGCUGUGAGCUCUUUUGGAGGGGUAGGCAAGGAAGGAGAGGGCAGUGAGGUGGCUCUCUGUGUCAGGGGGUGCUUCACUGUGGUAGAGCUGAAUGCUGGGAACGAUCAGGUCGAGUCCUUAUGGGUAAGGUUGAGGGGGAUGGUCAGCCAGGUUGACAUCCUGGUGGGAGUCUGGUACAGACCACAGGGCAGUUUAACUCGGCGCCUGGCUGAUGGCUGCAGGUGGGUCCUACCUGUCUGCAAGGGGGAUAAGGAUCCCAGCCUUGGAGCUGGCGCCGCUCAUUGAGAUGGCUUUAAGCUGGCAUCCCUUUGGGGAUGGCGUGUGACACUGAGGGGUGACAGUCACUAAUUAGUGAUCAGGGGCAAGUAAUACAACAUGCGGAGAUGACAUCACAGCACUACAACCACAGGAGGAACUGACAGCAGCUCUCCAGCCACUUCCUGUGCCCACUACAGUCUCGCUGUCCCCAAGCUGCUCCUGCCUCAUGGAAACAAUGGCGCUGGCCCUCAUCUUGGGUUGGUGUCUGGUGGCAGCCGGCAGGGAACAGCACCUGCCCCGACCCUCCCUCUCACUGCUCCCCAGCCAGGGGGUGUCCCUGGGGGACACUGUCACCUUGCGGUGCCACGUGCCCCGGCAGGCUGCCCGGGUCAUACUCUACCAGAACAGACAAUGGAGAACCGAGAAGGAGAACGAGAAGGGGCAGACCACAGUGGAGUUCUCCUUUCUUAACACAAAGCACACAGACUCAGGUGUAUAUCGGUGCCAAUACCUGGUGUUGGAUCCACCCGGAACAUCAGAGCAGAGUGACCCCGUGGAGCUGGUGGUGACAGAUCACACUUUCCCCCCACCUGGCAUUUCCCUGAGCCCUGAGGAACAUGUGCAGAUGGGGACCAAUGUCACCAUCCACUGCUGGAACCAGGGUUAUCAUGGCACCUUCUUCCUGCACAAGGAUGGGCACUCAGCCCCUGUCCAGUGCCAGGACCCCAAAGGUGGGGGCACGGCCACCUUCACACUCUUUAGAGUGACCCCAGCCGAUGCUGGCACCUAUAGGUGCUCCUACCGCAUUGAGGGCUCCUACUAUGUGUCAUCUUCCCUUCGGAACAACGUGACACUGAAGGUGACACCCGCAACUGCUCACCCAGGUGCUGAGAGGAUGUCCCGUGGGAACCUGGUGGUGGCAGUGGUGAGGGGCUGCGCUGCCGCCCUCGUCUUUGGCCUGGGCCUCUACUUUCUCCUCGAUGCCCGCAGCUUCUGGAUACGGAGAGAUGAGAGCCCUGCUGGGGAAGGCGCUUGAAUCACUUUGAUACCCAACAGAGCACCUUUUGAUCCCCCCAAGUGUCUUCUGCUUCCUCUUUGAUAUCGUCUAUGUGCCCAGUCUCUCAAUCCCCCUUUCCAUCCUCUACACAUCUCCCUAGGUGUGCCCUUCCUCAUCUUCCAUCCCCUACAGGUGGAUAAAUCCCCUUCACUUUCCCCUGCUGUUGCUUCCAUGCACUAUUGAUCCCCCUCCUGCUUUUUCGUGCCCUCCAUAACACCCAUCCCACUCCCCUCCCCAUUUUCAUGUAGCUGCCCCCCUCAAGAAGGCUGAGUCCAUUAGGUUCCAGGACAGUGCCUGAGUCAGGGAAAACCUAAAUCCAGCCUGCCUCUUUGGGACAACUCAGAACCCUCUGGGAACCCCAAACCCUGUCCAUAUGGACCCCAACGCA